AUGGACUGGCACCCUGCACCGCAAGAGGCCGGCACAUGCGCGGUUCCGUACCGGAAUAUCCGCUCGUAUGGCUAUCUUACUGGACCAAAGUAUAUCCUCAACGAGUGGGUUGAUUUCUACGAGACGACAGAUCCCGCCGGGAGCGGGGGCAGCCAACCCAAGAGCGACAGUUAUGUGGUUCUACUCAAGCGGGAGGUCGAGAGCAACAUCUGGCACGCCAUCAACGAAGUCAUGGCCAUGAUGACCACGUUCGACGUGCUGGAGAUUGCCCCCGAGACGACAGGUGGCGACACAGGCCUCUUCAGCCCCGACGCCAUACCCAACACGGAAAUCAUCGUCCUCGACGACCUUCCCGACGGGAGCUUCUUCGAGCUCUUCCAGAUGUUUACAGGCUCCAAACCCAAACGACUCAACGAGUGGAUCGCCAGCAGACGCGUCGACGAGACGACCAACACCAUCCACCCCCUCGGCAACGUCAUCAUCCCCUUUGCCGGGUCCGCCAACCCGCUCUGGAGCGACUGGAACCCGAUCGACUGCGCCGACAACACCAUGCUGCGCGUCUUUGUCCAGCGCGUCUUUGACUUUUACAAGCUGCCGCGGCGGCGCGAGCGCGCCCCCGGCUCGCGCGUGCUGGUCAGCGUCGUCGUGCGCAGGGGCUCGCGCCACCUCCUGGGCCUGGACACGCACCUCUUUGCGGCGGCCAAGGCGCGAUUCGGCGGCGCGGCCGACCUGCGCAUGGUGGACUUUGAGGGCAUGCCGUUCCGGGAGCAGGUCGAGGUGGCGCGCGACAGCGACGUGCUGGUGGGCAUGCACGGCGCCGGCCUGACGCACGCCAUGUUCAUGGAGGAGGGCCGCGGCGCGCUGGUCGAGAUCCAGCCCGAUCGCCUGUGCCACUGGGGGUUCCGCAACCUGGCCAAGAUGACGGGGCACAAGUACUUUGUCGCGGGCGCGAGCCGGGUCGUGGGAAACUGCUACACCGUGCCCGGGGGUCUGGCCGGUGCAGGCGAGAUGCAGAUCGUGGCCAACGACGGGACGGGCGUGCCGUAUGAUACUUCGCGCUGCUACACUUGGACCACGGACGCUUCGGCUUGGUCGUUUGAGUGUUCGGAUCCAAGAGUCACGGGCGGCGAUCGAUCGUUUUGGACCUGCAAGCACCGCGAUGCCAACGAUGAGUGGUACAAGACGUGCAAGAAGAAGGAGGCUGCUGAUAUCUGGUGGAUGACCAGAUAUAUCAUGGAACAGGACCGCUUUGUGGAGCUGGUGGGGGAUGCCAUAGAGGCUGUGCGAGAGACCUGGAUGUCCUGAUAGACUGCCUCUGUAGAAUCAAUUCUGUUAUUAGGCUUGUUGUCAGCAACAGUCUUUCAUUCAGUGCAUGGGCACAGCCUGGCGCUGAGAUCCUGCGAAAUGAUCUGGUAGUAGAAUGCCCUUGCCAAAAUUCUCUUUGAAC